GCUUUCUUCUUGGGGGAGUCAUGAGGAAGAUUGCUGCAAAUGGAAAGGAAUCAAAUGCAGCAACCAAACAGGUCAUGUUGUCAUGCUUGAUCUCCGGCCUGUUGAUGGGAAUCUACAAGCAGCUUGGAAACCUCUCAAGCUUGAUUUCUCUUGAUCUCAGCUUGAACGAGUUAGAAGGUUCAAUUCCAAAAGUUUUGGGGAAUAUGGUAAGUCUUGUUCAUCUUGACCUCUCUUCCAACAACUUCGAGGGUACGAUACCACAAACUUUGGAGAAUCUUUACAAUUUGCAAGUACUAGACUUAUCAAACAAUAGCAUAAGUGGAGAGGUACCUGAUCUUUCAAAAUUUCCUUUGUUGAGAGAGUUACAUCUAUCUAAGAAUCGGUUGAAUGGGAGUUUAACCAAAGGUGUGGGAAAACUUUCCAAACUCCAGAUUCUAGAUGUAUCUUCAAAUUCUUUUGAAGGUGAUAUCACUGAUUCACAUUUGUCGAAUCUUUCCAGCUUAAAGCUAUUGGACUUCUCUUAUAAUUCUCUGUCUUUGAAGUUUAGUUCAACCUGGGUUCCACGAUUUAAUCUAGAUACCAUAGCAUUGAGGUCUUGCAAAUUGGGGCCAGCUUUUCCUGAAUGGCUUCAAACACAGAGGAAUUUUAUGCGGCUCGAUAUGUCCAAUACAGGAAUCUCAGACCCCAUUCCCAACUGGUUUUGGGACCUUUCUUGGAAUGUAGGGUACUUAAAUCUCUCCCGCAACCAGUUCACUAAUACCAUACCUCUUCAAUGGUUUUUGGCAACAUUUAUUGGUUCUCCUAUAAUAGAUUUGAGUUUUAACCGCUUCAGAGGUAUGUUGCCACAACUUAAUUUUGAUUGGACUGUGCUAAAUCUCUCCAAUAAUCUGUUCCAAGGAUCCAUUACAUUCAUAUGUGAGACAAAUGGGUCAGUUAAAGCCAAUUAUAUGCCUUCAUAUUUGAGUUACCUUGAUCUUUCAGAUAACUUGCUAUCCGGAGAACUCCCUUACUGUUGGGGAAAUAUGGUGCCCCUGACCGUGCUUAAUUUGGCAAAUAAUAAUCUCUCAGGAAGAAUUCCCGAUUCUAUUUGUGGUUCUACGACACAUGGGAUUCAGUCGUUGCAUUUGCAGAACAACAGUUUCAUUGGAGAACUGCCCAAAUCAAUGAUAACCUGCUCUUCAUUGAGGCUACUUGAUCUAGGAGAAAACAGAAUCUCUGGGAGGAUACCAACAUGGAUAGGCACAAGCCUACCACAUUUGAUGAUUCUUCGACUGUCAUCAAACUUGUUAAUAGGGCAUAUACCAUUACAAUUAUGUCAUCUAACAUCUCUUCAAAUCUUGGACCUCUCUCAGAAUAGUAUUACAAGGACUAUACCUCGAUGCCUCAAUAACUUCACUCUCAUGUCUCAAACACAAAGUUCAUAUGUAAGCAUUCCUCAUCCAUAUAUUUCAUCUUCUAGGACAUCCUUUCUUCUCCCUUCCGACUACAUGGACAAUUUGUUAGUGACUUUCAAAGAAAAAAGGCUCGAGUAUAGCAAAACUCUUGGACUGGUAAAAGUCAUCAAUCUUUCAAGCAACAAAUUAAAAGGAGAAAUUCCAAGAGAAAUAACUAGUCUUAGAGGAUUGAUUGGGUUGAAUCUAUCUAGGAACUUCUUGACUGGCAUCAUUCCUCAGGAUAUUGGUUACCUAGGGAGAUUAGAGUCUCUAGACUUGUCAAGAAAUCUCCUUUCAGGCAUAAUUCCCCAAAGCUUGGUUACUCUGAGCUUACUGAGUGACUUGAGUUUAUCAAACAACAACUUAUCAGGUAAAAUCCCAUUGGGUACCCAACUCCAAAGCUUCAGUGCUUCUGCAUAUGCAGGUAACGAAAAUCUUUGUGGCUUGCCUCUUCUAAAAAUUUGUUUGGGAGAUGAAGCAACUCAAAAUCCUCAAAUUGGUGGCAACAAUGGAGAAGGCAAUAUUCAAGAACAUGCAAACUCCAACGAGCGUCUAUGGUUUUAUAUUAGUAUGGCACUCGGAUUCAUUGUUGGUUUUUGGGGUGUUUGUGGAUCAUUGCUAUUGAAGAGUUCUUGGAGGCAUGCGUAUUUUCGGUACCUAGAGAGAAUAGGAGAUAGGCUCUACAAAACCAUAACUAUUACCAUGGCCAAAUUACUCAGAAACUUCAAGACUCGGUGCUAA